CACCACUAAAAUCUCGCCAUGCACUCCUCUUGAUAACAUAAAUAAGCAAAAAAAAAAAAAAAAAAAAAAAAAGAAAACAAAAUCCCUCUUUUAAUUUCUUCCAUCUUCAUCUUCUUUCUUUUAAAUCUCUACAUGAUAAAUCAGGAAAGUUAGAGAGAGAAAAAAAAAGCCACCAAUCAAAUUUAAAAUGAAGUCUCAAGACGACGUCGUUGGAUCACAAACUGACAAACCGCGGCUAAUGGUCGUCGCAUUCAUCAGUUUUAUUACCGGCGCUUUUCUAAUGUCGGCAUUUCUAACCGUUGGCCGCCGUGACUGGCCGUCAUAUUUGAUUUCCUUCCCCGGUCACCCCAUGGACCAGGCAAAACACAAGCCCAUAUCCACCACCACCACAAUCUCCGUCCAAAGCCCAACAACUCCGAUCCAACUUCAAGCGAUCUUACACUACGCAACAUCAAAGAUAACCCCACAACAAAAUCUACAAGAGAUAACAUUAUCCUUUAACGUACUUCGUUCUCUUUCUCCGUGUAACUUCCUUGUUUUCGGGCUGGGUUAUGAUUCUCUGAUGUGGGCUUCAUUAAACCCAGGUGGACGCACUUUAUUUCUAGAAGAAACUCCCGAAUGGGUUAAAACAGUUCUCAAAGAUGCCCCAUAUUUAAACGCAAAAACGGUGCCGUAUCGAACACAUCUGAAAGAGGCUGAUGAGCUUUUGACAGGUUAUCGGGAUGAACCCGAUUGUCUUCCUGGGCGGGCGUUUUUGAAGGGUAACCGAAAGUGUCGGUUAGCCUUAGAAAACUUACCGGAAGAAGUGUACGAGAGAGAAUGGGAUGUUAUAAUGAUUGACGCGCCUAGAGGAUACUUUCCAGAAGCUCCUGGAAGGAUGGCUGCCAUAUUCUCAGCCGCCGUUAUGGCACGUGGGAGGAAGCGCGUGGGAAAUACGCACGUGUUUUUACAUGAUGUGGAUAGGAAGGUUGAGAAAGAGUUUGCUAACGAGUUUUUAUGUAUGAAGUAUAAGGUUGAAAGUGCCGGGAGAUUAUGGCAUUUUGAGAUACCUCCAAAUAAUAGUAGUAGUACCAAUUUUUGCUAGGUAAAAUAAAUAAUAAUAAUUGUUAUAUUAUACAUACAUCUAAUAGUGAUAUUUUUUUACCUAAUUAUCACAAUUAGUAGUGGGUAUACUCGAAAAAUAAUUAAUUGUUGUAGUAGAUGUGUAUACAUCUAAAAUUGCUCUCUUUAGAUGUAUCGAUAUAAUAUUGAUGUAUGUUGAUAUCAUAUGAAAUCAGAGUUUUACUCGUAUUUACUUUCUUGUGAAUUGUGAUGAAUUUGGUUUC